UGGAGAGUGGACCUGGGAAACACUGGACCGAGGAGGAGGUCAAAGCUUUGCUAAGUGUCUGGGCAGAAAGAAAUAUACGAAAACAACUUUACCGAACGCUGAGAAAUAAAGAAGUCUUUAUUUACGUUGCUAAGAGGCUGCGAUCACUAGGAGUAUACAGAGACUGGAAGCAGUGCCGGGCAAAGUAUAAAAAUCUCAAGUACGAGUACAGAACAGUUAAGCAUGCCCACAGGUCAGGAGACCGCUCGAAGACGAUGAAGUUCUUCCAUGCUUUGGACGCAAUCCUGCAGUCCGAACCGACCGCACAGUUAACAGAGGAGAAGGACGGUAACAGCAAGUGCCUGGCAACCCUGAGCCCAGUUACCGCUCCAGAGAUCGCCGAAGAAACAAUGUCUACACCUGUCAAGAAAACAUCUCCCAAGACCAUUGCAAACCGGUUUCCUCAAAGCUUAACCGACCUGGAAGGUUCUACAGGAUGUUUCUUCCAUCUGGACCCUCACCUCCACCAGAGCGCUGCCCCUUUUUCCCGCGCGGCCUGCUCCUCUAGUUCGCCUCGGAUAAUGGCGACUGCCCAAGUACUGAACAUUGGGAAGAAACUCUAUGAGGGUAAAACAAAAGAAGUCUAUGAAUUGUUAGACAACCCAGGAAGAGUCCUCCUGCAGUCCAAGGACCAGAUCACAGCAGGGAACGCCGCUAGAAAGAACCACUUGGAGGGCAAAGCCGCCAUCUCCAAUAAGAUCACCAGCUGCAUAUUUCAGUUGUUACAGGAGGCUGGUAUAAAAACGGCUUUCACCAAGAAAUGUGGGGAGACUGCUUUCAUUGCACCCCAGUGUGAAAUGAUUCCCAUUGAAUGGGUGUGCCGAAGAAUAGCAACUGGAUCUUUCCUCAAAAGGAACCCUGGUGUACAGGAGGGGUUCAAGUUCUGUCCACCCAAAGUGGAGAUGUUCUUCAAGGACGAUGCCAAUAAUGACCCACAGUGGUCUGAGGAGCAACUCAUCGCUGCAAAAUUUUGUUUUGCUGGCCUUGUUAUAGGGCAGACUGAAGUGGACAUCAUGAGUCAUGCCACACAAGCUAUUUUUGAAAUUCUGGAGAAAUCCUGGCUGCCCCAGAACUGUACACUGGUUGAUAUGAAGAUUGAAUUUGGCGUUGAUGUAACCACCAAAGAGAUUGUUCUUGCUGAUGUCAUUGAUAAUGAUUCCUGGAGACUAUGGCCAUCGGGAGAUCGGAGCCAGCAGAAGGACAAACAGUCUUACCGUGAUCUCAAAGAAGUAACUCCGGAAGGACUCCAGAUGGUAAAGAAAAACUUUGAGUGGGUUGCAGACCGAGUGGAGUUGCUUCUCAAGUCAGACAGUCAGUGCAGGGUCGUGGUGCUGAUGGGCUCCACCUCUGACCUUGGUCACUGUGAAAAAAUUAAGAAGGCUUGUGGAAAUUUUGGUAUUCCGUGUGAACUUAGAGUAACAUCCGCGCAUAAAGGACCAGAUGAAACUUUGAGGAUUAAAGCAGAAUAUGAAGGGGAUGGCGUACCUACUGUAUUUGUCGCUGUGGCGGGCAGAAGCAAUGGUCUAGGCCCAGUGCUGUCUGGCAAUACUGCAUAUCCAGUUAUCAGCUGUCCCCCGAUCACACCAGACUGGGGCGCUCAGGAUGUGUGGUCAUCUCUUCGACUGCCCAGUGGUCUCGGCUGUUCAACUGUACUUUCUCCAGAAGGAUCAGCUCAGUUUGCUGCUCAGAUAUUUGGGUUAAACAAUCAUUUGGUGUGGGCCAAACUUCGAGCGAGCAUAUUGAACACGUGGAUAUCCUUAAAGCAGGCUGAUAAGAAAAUCAGGCAAUGCAAUUUGUAAAACAGCAAUUUAAUUUUUAGGAGAAAAGUUACAUAUUCCUAGUUUGGAUUUAAAGAAAAACAUCAAGCAAAAUGACUUCACGUUAGAGAAAAUACUAAUGAACAAAUGGUCCUCACUGUUAAUGAUUUGGCACAUUGUCAGUGGAUAUUAUCAAUAUUUUCUAGCUCUACAUAGUGAUAUGUCCCUGUAACCUUAGCACUCCAGAGGCUAAGGUGGCAGGGUCUCUAAGUUCAGGGCCACCCUGAACUGUGUAUUGAGACUACUUGCCGGGAAGGAAACUUUAUGGUUAGUAAAAUUGGCAUCACACUAUUAAAUUUAUUCUCACCCUGUGUAUGGUUAUUGUUGGGUAAAUAUGUAAUUAUGGAACUGGAGCAAUGUGUCUGCUGUAGGAACCACUAUGAAGAACCAGUGUGGCUCUCUUGCANACAACCUGAGUUUGGCUCCCAGCAUCUGUGUAGACUGCCUCACAAUAAAUAACCUUUAAAUCACNGGAUCUGACCCAUGGCUUCCUUAUGCACCUGCUCUCAAAUACUAUUACCUUCCCCCACCCAACACACAAAAUUUUAAAAAGUAAACUUUUUAAAAAGAGUAUUGUUUCUAAAUGGUAAUAGCAUUUUUUUUGUUGUUGUUAAUCAGUAGAUAAUGCUUGAUCUGAAUUGAUACAUUGAAAAUUAAAAUACUUGUGUAUAACAGUAUACUUUCACUGUGUGGUCUGUAAAUUCUAAGUCAUUAUCUAAGUAAAUGCUACAU